AUGGAGAGAGUUAGCAAGGUUUUCUUUGACCCCCUCGCAACAUCGAAGAUUCAAAUUCGAGAGAUUUUGAAUGGACUCUCGAUCGGCUCUGCACACCCUUUCAGUCCUGAGCGCAUCCUUCUAUGUAGAGUAGGCUCUGGUAUUGUGGAAAUCGAUAUUUCGUCCUACCCCGAUGACUAUUUUUUCAACGCCGUUGAUCUGGGGGAUAUGGGUGAGAUUCUUUUGGAAAGAAUUGCUUGUUACCCAAAUCAGUUGCGUUAGUCUUUUCCCAGUAACUUUAACAAGGGCCAUUUGAGGACUAAACAUCAACUGAUCACAGAGGUAUUCGAGGACUUCCAAAUCCAACAAGCACCAACAUCCACAUUCAAGAUUCCAAUUUUGUCAAAGCAAAUUACAAUCUUCGCAGUAUCCAUCAGAAAUCCUAAAUACUGGGAUUUGUGCCUUGCGGAUUCAGAUGGCAAUACGUCAUGCUUCGACCCGGCCUCUCUCACGGAAAAGGAAAUCUGCGUGUUGAUAUCUGGGUUCCGCAAAAUCCCCAUCACGAAGUUUCUAGGAACCAAUCCGGCGUUGCUCGUUGCAAAUCAUGAGGAUAAGGUAGCUGGAGAGUGCUCACCUUUCUUAUUGGCGGGAGUUAAUAGAUUCGCAGGUUCUUUACAUAAUCCCCGUGCCUUUGGACGCAGCGACAAUCAAUGACUCGACUAUUUGCUGCCCAAUGGUUGUUAAGCGGGAUGGGGAGAUCUUAAUGUGUUCGAUAUUACCAACAGCAACCACUGAUCGUAACAAGGAGUGCGACACGGCUAGAUUGGUCAGUCCUUGCUUCAAGGAAGCGAUUAGACGAGCAGACUUCAAAGUAUCUUCCCAUGCAGCCGUGAAACAAGGUUUGUACUGAUGUCUUCAGUCCAAUGAAUUUUCAGUAUAAGGACUAACAUCAUUUAGGUGAAGAUUCUGAAAUAGAAGUCAUGAGCAAUCCCACUACAAAAUCUGCCACCAAAGAUAACGCCUUGAUAUCCACGAACUCAACCACUGUACCAUCGUUUAUUGAUUUACAACAAACGCAACUCAUACAUUUUGGUACAGGCAUCAGUUUCAAGAUGCCAGGCGAGGAGCUUUCCUCAGAGACGAAGUCAUCUGCCGUUAUUUUGCCUUGCAUUUUGUAAGCAAUAAUUUCUUUUCACUUCCAUCCUUAAAUCUCUAUCAAUAAUGGUAGAGGGGUCGUUUUGAGCAUACUCCAUACUCCAUGCUGACUUGCUGUAGUGGUUCUCAGCUUCAAGGACCGUCGAUACUUGCUACAGGAACAAUUCCCUCAAAUGUUCCAUUUGACAACGGAAAUGAUCUUCGAGGUUAUUAUGAUAAACUCAAAAACUUCGUGGUCAUUGUCGACGACAAAAUGACAGAUAACGCCCGAAAUCUCGCAAGCUCAUACAGACUUAAUGCACUUUUCAUCGUCCAACUCAAACUGUCAGAAGAGCCAAGUAGUACUGAUAGAGUCUUGACAAUACUGAAUUCAGCAAACAUCAAUGCUGUGACCGCACUCGCUGGACCACAAUCCUUGAUUCUUGUCCAAAUCGGGGAGAAGUACUAUUUUUAUAGGGGUAUAGCUAACCGAACACACCUCGACACAUCGAAACUUGCGUUUGGUUCCGAUGUGACGUCCUUUGUCUUUUCACUAAGGAAAGAGCCUAUUAUAGACCCAAGAGUAAAGCGGAUCGUCAACCUUAACUCCUCAAGCUCCAUCCUUCUCCCAACUUCAGGGCAAUUUAUCCAGCCCAAGGAACUUCCGGAUUUCAACACAAAACUUCCUGUCGACAAGAUUCAAGAUCUGGAAGAGGACAUCUCAGCAGCGGUCCCACAGCUCCAAAUGCUUUUGGACCAACGAGAAAUUCAAGAGCUGUCCGAAAAGCUGAUAUCUAUUCUUCAGCAGAAAGUAGGCACUGCGGUGGCUCCAUACAGGGAUGCUUACAUCAACUUUGUCACAGAGGAAUUUCAUCCCUUCAACGACCGGAUCCAGAGAUGGUAAAGAAGAAGAAUAGGAUGCUCGGAGAUUUCAGAAAGAACACAGAGCUGGUACAGAAAGCUAUCAAGUCAGCAAUUUCAAAUCUGGCUAAUAUGAUGUCCUCUCAAAUGACUUCGAAGCGAACACACGAUUUGAAAAAGCUCGCCCGUCAAGCUCAGAUCAAGGGCAAUGUCGAGGCCGCUACCACUAUGACCUUUGAUAAAUUGGCUGGUUAUUUGGAGCAAUAUGCAGAAGAAAUGGGUGUCAUGCUAUUGAAUAUCAAAACCACACCAUAUCGCCAGCUCUUAGGGGGCUUGAGAAACGCCGCCCUUGAUGCCAGGUAUGUGGAAAAACCGAAUCUUUUCUAUUUCUUUUUGUUUUUCAAACUCUUAGAUAUCAUUCUGGGUGCAGCACGAAUUCUUCGACGUGUUAUUCUAAUGGCUUGAGACAAUUGACUAUUGAAAAUUACGGUUGUCUCAAUCACGUUGACACAAUCAAGUUUGUUGUCCCACCCGUUCGCAUAACUGAUUGGAUCGUUCGAGAUUUUUGGAGUUGCGUUGUUUUGCUCAAAUCUAUCUAGGGAGAUGGCUAUGGCUUUUUUAAAUUGGCCUUGUAUGACAAAAAUGCUAACGGUUGAAAUUCAGUCCCUGCUGCGCCCUCGAAUCCAGAAUUCUCCAUCUCGGAGGACUUGAUGCUGGAAUCAUAAUGGAACAGUCGCAAAACCACCAUGAAGGUCCACUUCGAAGUCGAGGUGGACCUUCCAGCCUAACUCUGGCAUUGCCAAAUCUGGCUCAUACGGAUGACCGCGGAUCAAUGUUAGCAUGGGUGUGCUGGGAUGAAUUUGUGAAUCUCAGAAGCCCGUUUAUGGUAAGAUGGUUGGAUAAAUGUAAUGAACGACACAUUUCCGCUCUGCGAAUCAUCAUGAGAGCCACACUCAGCCAAGCAGUUGCCUCUCGAGAGUUCAAUCUCCAACCUCAGAGUCAAGAAACGGGCCAUCUUAUGAGCUCACUGUUGAUGGCAGCAAUGUCAAAGCUUGCUGCGAUGAGAACAAGUGCACCUGUCGUUGCAGACAAAGCGGAAGAUACCACUACCAAAUUAAUGCGUGGGCUUUUCGGUAAUGUUCUGACAAUGGCCGGUUCUGGAACUCGUCCACAAAGCAUGGUCUGGCAGUUAUUUGGCAUGGAUCUAAUAUUUGAUAUUCCAACGACCGAUGUUGACUGGAUGUGGUAUCAGACCGUCGUUGAUUUCUAUCCAUAUACAGGUUGGCCUGUAGAGCAAUUCCAUGACAAUUUAGUCAAGCUCCUCGACAAAAUCAUCGUCCGCGUGGUCACCAAAAGCGAAGUUGCCGCGAAGGCCAAAUCAAGUGCUUCAGAUGACAUGAUAUAUUAUUAUUGCAAACUCCGAAACAUUCAACUGGACCAUUCUCGUACCAUCAUCACCAUUCUCAUGAGAAUGCUUACAGAGGAGGGUAUAGACACCGCGGCCGUCGCAACACGUCUGUUGAAAACCCUCCCCAGAAAGCUGGCAGGACAGUCACCAAGCUAUCCCAAAAUGAUUGACUAUCUUAAGCGUGUCUCCAAAGGAGGUCAAAGACGGCCUCACGACGAUAUUGUUGCUGCAAUGGUCUACGCAAAUCGCUCAGCAGCCUUCAGCAAGCUCAAGGACAAAGUCUAUAAAGCUUGCAUAGGCGAAGACUGGGUUAAAAUGAAGGAGCAUUGUCAAGAAUUAUUGGAUGAGCAAUGUAAAAUCGCUGCCCUCUGGAAAGUCAAGCCGGAAGAUCUUAAGAUUCAAAACUUUCAGGCCUAUAAAGAUCUCUUGAGGGCAGACUUUGGGGCCGAGAAUAAGAACCUCGAGUUGAUUCACAUGGUCUCGGGCGAUGCAGAGAGGCGUCGCGUUGCUUGGCAAGUUGGAAAGCGAGGCCAAUUUAGUGAUCCUAUCGAGCCUCUGGAUGAAGACUUCGUUUACGAAAUCUUGACAGGGAAGAAAAAUGACUCGGCAGGGAAGAAACUAGGAUCUCGUGGAUUAGUUGAUGAACUAGAGACCAUGGAAAUUACGACAUCGGGAAAGAGGGCGAUAGAAGAUGAAUUCGAUGACUAUAGUUCGUCUUUGACUUCAGCAUUCGUCAAUAAGAUGCAGAAAAAAGAACUAUCGAGCAAGGCCGUUUGUGAUAUGAUCAAGGUCCCAGUCUCUGCAAUGCGUGUUUUUGUCAAGCCUCUCAACCCCGAUUUUGUAUGGGAGGAUUUGGCGGACAGUUUCAAGGAGGUUAUUUUGGGACUUUUGAAGAACCGGUCAGGCAGGGUGGAGAGUCAUCCUACUAGGAGACUAUUGAGAAUGGGUGAUAGCAAAAGCAGAUGCAGAUUUAGAACUAACCCAAGAAAGGUGAUAUGGACUAUUUGCAUCUUUGGAAGUGGGAACUCCGGCUCUGGGAGAAUGGGUGUCACUUUGGCAAUACAAUGA